CUUGUCGGGCCGCACCUGCUGCUACGCAUUCUCUCCUUUGCGCCCAAGGCCGUGGUGCUCGCCGCCGCCGCGGUGGAUCGCUGUCGCGCCGCGGCUUGGGUGCUGGGGUGUGGUUACCUGGAGAUGCUGGUGCUGACGCUGCCGAUGGCGCUGGGGCUGCUGCCGGUGCCGAACAGCUUGAAGAUGCGGCUGCGUGGGCUGGGGCUGGAGGUGCUUAUGGACGGAAUACAGCGGAACGCCUUCGACCAGGUUCGCACGCUGCGUCGGCUGCCGCAACACACGCUGCACUGCGUGCUGCUUUACGUGCUGCUCGCCCAUCAGCUGCACAUUUCCCAUGCGCUGGCGCGCAUUCUGCUCAUCUGGCUGGCGGGUUUCGCGACAUGCGUGGUGGUGGAGGUGCCUCGGCGGGUAGACUUUGCGGUGUUGCACUGUUCGGUGCCUUUUGAGGCCGGCGCCGCGCCGGUGGUGGCGGUCCCGCCAGAGCGGCGGCGGGUCGGGAGUGGCAGUGGCGGGGGAGAGGAUCGUUGCCGACCCUAG